AUGUGGAUCAUAUCGGAGAACAGCUCAACGGUCGUGCAUUGGGACGAACCCCAGUUCGCCGACGAUCUGCGCUCAGUACAGGUGCUGGAGUUGGAGAAGAUCCGGUCGGGCGAGUCGCUGAAGAAGGGCACUUACGAUCUGAGCUACAUAGCGGUGGACGAGAGCGGCAACUCUGCCCGAUGCGACUUCCAGGUGCAUGUGGUGCGCGAGUUCUGUCGAGUGCCACCGGCGCCGGUGGGCGGCGAGCGUGAGUGCUCCGACUGGGGCCCCGGCGGCAGGUUUAAGGUGCAUGUGGUGCGCGAGUUCUGUCGAGUGCCACCGGCGCCGGUGGGCGGCGAGCGUGAGUGCUCCGACUGGGGCCCCGGCGGCAGGUUUAAGGUUUGCCGCAUUAAAUGCAAUCAAGGCCUGCAGUUCUCGCAACCCAUACCAAAGUUCUACGUGUGCGGCGCCGAAGGCUUCUGGCGCCCCAACGACGACACCGACAAACCCCUUGUGUUCCCCUCGUGUGCGCCCAAACACUUGGCUCAACGCAUCUUCCGUUUGGUGAUUAACAUCCCGUCGUCUGUCGUUUGCAGCGAUUCCGGCAAAAAGAUACUGACCUCUCGGGUCACCGAAAGCCUCCUCCGCAUUGACAGGACGUGGAAGAUAUGCUCGGAUCAGUCGCGCGGCGCCUGUAAGGGACUCGGCGUUAACGUCAAGUGCACUAAACAGCAGAACAUUUCGCGUCGGUCUAAGAGACAGCCGUCGGGCGAACAAUCGCAGGACGAUAUGGACGUGUAUUCCGUGGAAAUCGGUUUCCCCGCAAACAUCGAUCCCAUAGUAAACGUCAAUUCGCAGGAAAAGGAUAGUCUCGAGUCAAUCAUACGGCGAGCGGUCGUCGAAAGUGCCAUAUUUGACGUGAGGGACACACUUCCCAACGUCAGUCCCGACCUGCGAUCCCUGCGCCUCAUCACAGAGUACGCGUGUCCGCCCGGACAGGUCGUGAUGGCCGACAGUUGUGUGGAGUGCGGUGUCGGCACCUACUAUGACGAGCCCACGCAGUCGUGCGCCAAAUGUCCGAUCGGCACCUAUCAGAACGAGUUGGGACAGUUGGCCUGCAAGAAGUGUGCGCUCAUUGGCGAACGACAGGGCGUUACCAUCACUGCCGGUUCCCGCGCCGCCGAAGACUGCCGCGAGCGCUGCAAUGCGGGCACGUAUUUCGAUACGGCCCACAACUCGUGCCGGCCCUGCGGUUACGGUCACUAUCAACCCGCCGAAGGAUCGUUUACUUGUAUAUCUUGUGGCACUGGACUCACCACCAGAAGCCAAGAGGCCAUCGCUCGCCACGAGUGCAGACCUGAAUGUAUGGCCGGUUUCCAACUGUCUUCGAACGGCAAUUGCGAGGCCUGUCCUAUCGGUCACUACCGAACCAGAGGUCAGCCAUCGUGCGAACCCUGUCCUCAGGGAUUUACCACCGGCUCAAUGGGCGCCUCCACUCCAACGCAAUGCAAUCUCGAGAUCUGUUCAGUUGGCCACUACCUGAACGUGACGGUUGACGAGUGUGUGCCCUGUCCUAAAGGCACUUACAUGGAUGUCGAGCAACGCGACCACUCGUGCCAAUCGUGUCCGCCCAACUCGACGACCGACGGCUUGGGCCACACCAGUCAAGACCAGUGCAGCAAUCCCUGCAUUAUCAACGACAAGAUGGAGUUGUGUCCGCCCAACAGCCAGUGCGAAGCGCCCUCGGGUUCGGGCGAAGACUUCCGGUGCGUGUGUAAGGAUGGCUUCAAAGAGAUCAUGACAGCCGCAGAGGUUAAUUACCCGCACUGUGUGAACGUGUGCGACGACUACUGCAUAAACGGCGGUCGGUGUGAAUGGGCGCCGGGCAUGAAGAGGCCGCGCUGCGAGUGUCUCAUCAACUUCUACGGCGAUCGUUGCGAACGCAAGUCAGAGCUUAUAUACAUCGCCGGCGGUAUCGGCGCCUCCGUCUUCUUCAUCAUAUUCAUCGUACUCUUAAUAUGGAUGAUAUGCGUCCGCACGGGUCAGCGCCCGAUCACCAAAAAGAUGUCCGUUCACACCAUACCCACGGACUUCGCGCCGACGCCCGGCCCGCAGCCAAACUUCUACUACGGGUCGCCCGCGCCGUACGCCGAGUCCAUCGCACCCUCACAUCACUCGACGUACGCUCACUAUUACGACGACGAGGACGACGGCUGGGAAAUGCCUAACUUCUAUAACGAGACGUAUAUGAAGGAGAGUUUGCAUAAUGGGAAGAGCAACGGAUCCACUCUUCAGGGCAUCAGUAAUCCGGCCUCAGUUUACGGCACCAAAGAGGACCUCUACGACCGGCUCAGGAAACACCAGUAUUUAGGCAAAAAAGGAGAUACAACGAGCGAUAGCGAAGAUCAGGGAAACUAA